CGCGCCUCAUUCGACUUCGAGCUGCCGAAGAGCGAACAACUCGAGCCGACCGUGAGCCGUCUCCAAAGCGCUCCAUAUUUGUGUUCCAGCCUUGGAUUUCGGAUUGGGGUCUUCUGCUUUGGUGGUCUUCGGUGUAAAAAGCCGCGCACUGCUCUUGUGCUGGGAUUUACAGGAGGCGGUGGGACGAGGCCCUCCCCCGGGAGGCGCGCUGUGUGGGAGACGAGGUUAGCAGUAAUUGCUGUUCACGGCUGUACGAGUAGGUGUAUGAACCAGAUAUUUCAGGAGCAUUUGGUUUUCAGAAGAUGAUAAAGAAAUGAUAGCCGCUCCAGAAAUCCAAGCUGACUUCGGUCUCCUCCAACCCCUGGAUCCUUCUCUCCAUGAUAUGGGUCCACUGUCCUGCAAUGCAGGACCCAGGGAAACAGAAACUCAUUUCUCGUCAGAUACUGACUUUGAUGACACUGAAGGAAAAAUCCCAAAGCAAGGCAAAGGAAAGCAGAAAGGAAAGAAAAAUGCUGUAGAAAGAAACAAAGUUGCCCCCUUGAGACCUGGUGGUCCCAACUGGAUGAAUGGACAUCAUCAACAAAAUGGAGUGGAAAACGUGAUGCUUUUUGAAGUUGUUAAAAUGGGGAAAAGUGCAAUGCAGUCUGUGGUAGAUGACUGGAUAGAGGCAUACAAACACAAUAAGGAUAUAGCACUUCUUGAUCUGAUAAACUUUUUUAUUCAGUGUUCAGGAUGUAAAGGCGUCGUCUCUGGAGAAAUGUUUCGCCACAUGCAGAACUCUGAAAUUAUUAGGCGAAUGACUGAAGAGUUUGAUGAGGACAGUGGUGAUUACCCUUUAACCAUGGCAGGUCCACAGUGGAAGAAAUUUAAGUUCAGUUUUUGUGAAUUCAUUGCUGUUUUAGUCCGCCAGUGCCAAUACAGCAUCAUUUAUGAUGAGUAUAUGAUGGACACAGUCAUUUCUCUUCUUACUGGGCUUUCUGAUUCACAAGUCAGAGCGUUUCGACAUACAAGUACAUUGGCAGCUAUGAAAUUGAUGACAGCCUUGGUUAAUGUGGCUCUUAACCUGAGCAUUAACAUGGACAAUACACAAAGGCAGUAUGAAGCAGAAAGGAACAAGAUGAUUGGAAAACGAGCCAAUGACAGACUGGAACUCUUACUGCAGAAGCGAAAGGAGUUACAAGAAAAUCAGGAUGAAAUAGAAAAUAUGAUGAACGCAAUAUUUAAAGGUGUUUUUGUACACCGAUACAGGGAUGCUAUUGCAGAAAUAAGAGCAAUAUGUAUAGAAGAGAUUGGUGUCUGGAUGAAAAUGUACAGUGAUGCCUUCUUAAAUGACAGCUAUUUAAAAUACGUGGGCUGGACAAUGCAUGAUAAGCAAGGAGAGGUUCGGCUGAAAUGUCUUACUGCUCUGCAAGGUCUCUAUUACAACAGAGAGCUGAAUUCCAAAUUGGAGCUGUUCACUAGUCGUUUCAAGGAUAGAAUUGUGUCAAUGACUCUUGACAAGGAAUACGAUGUAGCAGUUCAGGCAAUAAAGCUUCUGACUCUGGUUUUACAAAGUAGCGAUGAGGUUCUAACUGCUGAAGACUGUGAAAAUGUCUACCACUUGGUGUAUUCUGCCCAUCGACCUGUAGCUGUUGCAGCUGGAGAGUUUCUUUAUAAAAAACUGUUCAGUUGUAGAGAGCCUGAAGAGGAUGGGAUUUUGAAGAGAAGAGGAAGGCUUAGCCCAAAUGCAAAUCUCGUGAAGACUCUUGUCUUUUUCUUUUUGGAGAGUGAGUUGCACGAACAUGCUGCCUAUCUUGUAGACAGUAUGUGGGACUGUGCCACAGACUUGUUAAAGGAUUGGGAAUGUAUGAAUAGCUUGUUGUUGGAUGAUCCCCUGAAUGGUGAAGAAGCACUAACAGAUCGCCAGGAAAGUGCACUAAUAGAAAUUAUGCUGUGUACAAUUCGCCAGGCUGCUGAAUGCCACCCUCCUGUUGGCAGAGGAACAGGAAAAAGGGUGUUGACUGCUAAAGAAAAGAAAACACAGUUGGAUGACAAGACUCGCCUUACAGAACUCUUUGCAGUGUCUUUGCCGCAGCUUUUAGCAAAAUAUUCGGUUGAUGCAGAGAAGGUGACUAAUCUCCUACAGUUGCCACAGUAUUUUGACCUGGAAAUUUAUACAACAGGGCGUCUUGAAAAGCAUUUGGAGGCACUGCUUCGCCAGAUACGAAGCAUUGUAGAAAAGCACACGGAUACAGACGUCUUGGAAGCGUGUUCAAAAACCUAUCAUGCCCUCUGUAAUGAGGAGUUCACAAUAUUCAACAGAGUGGACAUUGCAAAGAGUCAGUUGAUUGAUGAACUGGCAGAUAAAUUUAAUCGUCUCCUUGAGGACUUCCUGCAGGAGGAAGAAGAACCUGAUGAGGAUGAUGCAUAUCAAGUGCUGUCUACACUAAAAAGAAUAACUGCUUUCCACAACGCACAUGAUCUUUCCAGGUGGGACUUAUUCAGCAGCAAUUACAAGCUAUUAAAAACUGGCAUUGAAAAUGGAGACAUGCCGGAACAGAUUGUCACCCAUGCUUUACAAUGUACCCAUUAUGUAAUUCUUUGGCAACUGGCAAAGAUAUCAGAGGCUGGCUCAUCUAAGGAGGAGUUGAUAACCUUAAAGAGACAAAUGAGGGUAUUUUGCCAAAUAUGUCAGCAUUACCUUACCAAUGUGCACACUGCUGUAAAAGAACAGGUAAUCGUAAAAAGUCAAGCAUUUACUAUUCUCUGUGAUGUGCUAAUGAUCUUUAGCCACCAGAUUGUAGUUGGGGGCCGCGACAUUUUAGAGCCACUUGUCUAUUCCCCAGAUUCCUCCUUACAGUCUGAGUUACUCAGCUUUAUUUUGGAUCAUGUCUUUAUUGACCAAGAUGAUGAUAACAUCAGUUCAGAUGGUCAGCAAGAUGAUGAAGCCAGUAAAAUUGAAGCAUUACACAAAAGAAGAAAUUUGCUUGCAGCUUUCUGCAAGCUUAUAGUGUAUAAUGUGGUUGAAAUGAAUGCCGCAGCUGACAUCUUCAAGCAGUAUAUGAGGUAUUAUAAUGACUAUGGAGACAUCAUAAAAGAAACCAUGAGUAAAACGCGACAGAUCGAUAAAAUCCAGUGUGCGAAGACUCUCAUUCUCAGUUUACAACAGCUUUUCAAUGAGAUGAUCCAGGAAAACAGUUUUACCUUUGAACGGACAUCACCAACGUUCAGUGGCAUAAAAGAACUUGCAAGACGCUUUGCUUUAACCUUUGGACUUGAUCAGCUUAAAACCCGAGAAGCCAUUGCGAUGUUACACAAGGAUGGUAUAGAAUUUGCCUUUAAAGAACCAAGCCCACAAGGAGAGGUCCACCCACCUCUAAACAUGGCUUUCCUCGACAUUCUCAGUGAGUUUUCAUCGAAACUGCUAAGACAGGACAAAAAAACUGUAUACGCAUACUUGGAAAAGUUUAUGACCUUUCAGAUGUCUCUCAGAAGAGAGGAUGCCUGGCUUCCACUCAUGUCCUAUAGAAACUCUUUAUUAGCUGGAGGAGAUGACGACACUAUGUCUGUUAUGAGUGGGAUGAGUGGCAGAGGCUCUUCAAUAAGAAGUAAAAAAGCAAAACCAGCAACAGGCAAACGGAAAAUACCAGAAGCUGAAGAGAGUAGUAGCAGUGAUAGCAUGUGGCUAAGCCGAGAGCAAACAAUGAAUACACCAGUCAUGAUGCAAACUCCUCAGCUAACAUCCACCAUCAUGAGAGAACCCAAACGAUUGCGGCCUGAAGAAAGUUACAUGCCAGUUUACCCAAUGCAGCCUGAGCAUCACCACCCCCCCAUCGAUUAUAAUACACAGGUAACGUGGAUGCUUGCCCAACGACAGCAAGAAGAAGUAGCAAGGCAACAGCAAGAGAGAGCAGCAAUGAACUAUGUGAAGCUGCGGAGUAAUCUUCAACAAGCCAUACGGCGUAACCCUGGGCUAAUGGAAGAUGAUGAAGAACCAAUCGUGGAAGAUGUUAUGAUGUCAUCUGAGGGCAGAAUUGAAGAUCUUAAUGAGGGCAUGGACUUUGACACAAUGGAUAUAGACUUACCGCCAUCUAAAAACAGACGAGAAAGAACAGAGCUCAAGCCUGAUUUCUUUGAUCCUGCUUCAAUCAUGGAUGAUUCUGUUCUUGGGGUAUCAAUGUUUUAAUACCAGUUCAUCUAUCAACUCUGGUGAAGUUUUUUUUUUAAAAAUGGAAGAGAAAGUUUUUAAUGACAGAUUUGUGGUAGAUAAAAUGAAAUUCUGUACAGAAUUUUCUCUAAGGAGAAUUUGAUAUGCUUACCAAGAUUAAGUGCAUUGAGGGGCAGUUUUGAAUGCCUGAAAAACUAAAACUAUAAAGGACAAGUAAACAGUUUGCAAAUAAGCUACAAUGUAUUAUUUUGGAAAAUAAAUCUCUUAUUUAUAUAUCUUUAGGUUGUCCAGUUAUGACGCCCUUUCUUUUAUUUUCUUUUGUCUAUUUUAAUUAAAAAGAAAUCCCUCCCGUGAGUAGUGUUGACUGUGUUAACACUAUGAGGAAACUGAUUAGUGUUUACAUCUAUGACCUGGUAUGGUUAUGAAUAGUUUUCCUAUGUUUUUAACAUCAUGCCAUUUUAAUGGGUUUCCAAUAUGUUGCAAACAGUGAAUAAUUUUGACCAUUUUGUUUUAAAUGCGUGUGCCCAUUUAUUAUUUUUUUCUAUAUAUUGUGUUGAUGGAAAGGAGCCUUACUGAAAGCCUUUUUCCCCACAACUGCCCGAAGGUAUCGAAACAUAACCAUGCUCACUCAUUAACCAAUCUAAAAGUUUGCUUGUCCUUUAAGAAACAUGUAAUGUCGUGAAAAUCCUUCCAGUAGUGCCACUGUAUUUUGUCUCCAAAUAAAAAGCUUAUUGUAGUAUGUUUGCAGAAAAAAAAGAAAAAAAAAAACUUUAAACAGAAAUUAUACAGCUUAUUAGAGUGUGGGAAUAGGGUUCUAAAUUUUAAAUAAAAUGAUAUAUAUAUAUAUAAAUUGGUGCUGAUUUUAUAAUUGCGCAGUUUGUUUAGUUUUUUUCUUACUUUUAAAUUCCAAGUUAAAAAUGAGGUUUCAGAAAUAUAUUGAAAGUUUUAACAAUGUUUAAAAUAGUUGAAGCGUGAAUAUUCGCUUUAAAAUGAUUUUUAAAUUUGUAUUUUAUAUUGUUUUAUCUAUUUGUCUUUGCAAGCAGUCUUCAGGUUAAGUAUACUUCCAGCAGGUUACAGUACAUUUCUUCUAUUUUUAAAUUAGUUUAAGAACCUAGAGAACUCGUAAAAAAAAAACACUUACCGGUAGCUUUAUUCUAUAAAAAAAGCUUUGUUCCACACGUCAUCCUUAGUUCACAACUACUAGUCAAUAUUCACCAUCCGACAUCAACUCAUUUUGCCAGGCUUAGGCAGCUAGACAUUAAAGUAAAUUUAACUUAUAUUUCAUUGUGUAUAUUUUUGUCAGUUGUCUUUCAUUUUCUGAGGUUUAAAGUCAUUCCAUGCCUUAUGCUUGCAAUACACAAACUUCUCUUGUGGACAAAAAAAAAAAAAAAA